AUGGAUCAAAUUAAUCAGGAAUUUGAUUUAAACAGUUUUGUUUCUCCUGAAAACUCUUCUAUAAUCAACACAAUAUCCAAAAGUUUAAUAAUCGAUAAAAGAUUCAAUAAAAAUGAAUUCACAAAAAUCGAAGAUACGUUAAUCCUAGAUCAAAUUCGUCGAAACCCUUUGAAAAGAGGUUCUCAUAAAUUCUUUGAUCAAUUGGCUAUCAAUUAUCUACCAAGGCACACUGGUAACUCAAUAAGAUAUAGAUUUAGAAAUCUACUAGUCAAUGAUUUAGAAUAUCUUUACAAAGUCGACUCAAUGGGCAAUCUUGUAAAGGAUUCAAAUGGAAAUUUUAUAAAAGUUGGUAUCGAUGAAAUCCCUUUAAACAAAAGAGUCAAAUUCUCAUCAAUAGAUGAUUACCAAUUAUGUUUGGGCGUUUUAUCUCAUUUAAACAAAAAAAAUUCACCGCAUAAAAAUACAAACUUAAACAAUAAAUUACCUUCAGUACCUUUAAGCUAUUUUGCUGAAUUUGAGAAAAAAUUCUCAAACCAUUCAAAAUUCGCUUGGAAAGAUAGAUAUAGAAAAUUUGUUUGCUCCUAUGGCUUGAUGAAUUAUAUUGAUUAUUAUAAUAAUGAAAUUAAAAAUAAUAGAACGCCCGACCCAAUA